ACCCUCGUGGCAUCAAUUUAAAAUCCAGAAGCACGUUCCUCGACAAGCCCAGCGGAAUGAAUUCAGAUUCGUUGUCUGGACUUUGGGCCUUAAGGAUGCCAUACCAUGAAGGAAUCCCCAAACAAACGUGCUCUGACGGAACUCGUGGAUUUGAAAAAGCGCUUAGACCAGUAUUUGUAUCUUCUCCCGCGUUGUAUGCAUGUCUAGUCUUUCAGGCUAGUAUAACACAUUGCUUUCCUCGACCUCUAUGAGGAGUUUUGUUGAGAUAUGGCGCUCCUAUACACACGAGGAGCGACGGAACAUAGCCUUCUAUGUUGGCGGGAUCAUGUUUUAUAAGCUGGGGCUUGAGUUCUUCAAUGGUUCAAUAACGACGUUGGCUACGGAUAGGUUUGCUAAGGCAAAUACGUUCACUAAGCUCGGCGCUGCCCAAGGCGUGAACCAAGCAGCUCAGUGUGUCGGCGCUAUCCUCAUCGCACCCCUCAUUGUGCGGUUUCCAACGAGAACUGUUCUUGGUGUCUCAGUCCUGUUCUUCAGUCUUAUGACAAUGAUUCUGCUAGUUGUGGAUGCCGCUACCGGUGGGAAAAUGCGUGAGUCCGCUAAUAGUCCAACACAUUACGGGAGCUGGAACCCGAAUGCUAUAUUCAUAAUAUGGACGCUCAGCGGGGUCGCGUAUGGGAUGGUGGAACUGAUACGUCGGGUCAUCCCCUGCGAUAUCGUCGGAGGCAAUGUGGGGAAGCUGCGACGGAUGGAUGCGACGGUACAUAUCUUCUACGAAGUUACCGGUACCGCUGCGGCUUUUGCAUCAUCUUCUGCCAUCAGUCGGUUUGGAAAUAACUAUAGCUUCUUUUUGAGCCCUGUGUUCUUCGCCUUGGCGGGUGCUGUAUGGUUCUUCGUUUCCGUGCUCAACUACUCGCCCUGUGAAGAAUAUGGACUUGAUGAAGUGGAUCGGUCGAAACGAAGCAAGAACUAUCUAAUUCAGGUCGGUCGCGGGAUCUCUGGAUUUGGAGAAUCCAUAUGGGUCGGGACUAUGAUGGUGCUUGGUAACAGGAGGUUUGUAUGGUUGGUUCCUGGAUACGCACUGGCUUUAUAUCUUCAUCGGUUUCUUGAGAACACCCUUGCUCCUGCCUUUGCGAAACGUGCCCUGGGAGUCAGCGCCUGGAGUCAAAUCAUCGUUGGAGGCUCGAAUUUUGGAGAACUGCUCGGAGCCCUUACGGUCUUUCUGCUUUCGGAUGUAGUAACCACACCAAUACCAUGGCUUCGUCUCGAUGCUCUCAUGCUCAACAUCGUCUGGGUGCUACCUCAUUUGACCACCAUUACUGGGCACACUGUAGACUGGGCAUGGCGAUUAGCUGGGAUAUUCAUUCCUAUAUCCAUGAGCUGGGCUGCGGGUGAUGUAUCAUUAUCUGCUUAUAUUCAGGCUGCGCUCUCCACGGGCGAUGCAUCUUUGGCGGACAGGUAUCCGGGUGUAUCUCAUCUAGGGGCCGUCAUGGCAUUCUUGUAUUCGACAUACAUCAUUCUUUAUGCCGUUUUAAGUUCGGUCUUGGGAGAUGUCAUCGACAAGGACUUUUCUGAAACCGGAAAUAUCAAGGAUUCUCUGCGGUGGGUCGCGGGGAUACAGUAUAGUAUAUGCUGUUGUAUCAUCAUGAUAGCCACCUUCAUUCCGAAGGGCGCCUUUUCUAUCAAUCCCAAGAUGAUCAACGGCGUGCGUCACGAUGGCUUUGGCCAUCAGGAGGAUGAAUCGUUGAAGGAUUUCAUCGAGAUGCAGACGGGGAAGAAUGAUGGGAGUCUCAAUGUCAUUACAACUUAAUUUAAUCAAUAGCAUCUAUUUAUUCCAUGUUUUUGUUAUUGUAUUAUUAGGUUAAUAGGUGAAUUGCAGGUUUCUUCCUAC